UUAUUAUCUUUAUCAAAUUCUCUUCCUUUUUCGUUCUGAUCUACUACGUUACUGUGCGGAGCUUUGCUCGGUUGGAUUCGAUUACGUUGAGCCAGACCGAGCCAGUGACUCAUGUCACGGGAAUGGACUCAGCUCGUAUCCGCCGUCUGCUUAUUCCUAUGCCUUACGGAAUUCGGUCCUUGGAUCGCGCUUGCCGUCUCCGGCGAUGCCGGUGACAUUUUACUCUCGCAGAAUCGCCACAAAGGUUCUCGACCUGCCAUGAUAUUGCCGCUCUAUCGCUCUGAUCCUGAUUCCUCCGUAUCCGCCGUCAAUCCCCAUCGCAAACUCCAGAGAUCCGCCGAGUCCCAUCGCCAUUCAAACGCUCGCAUGAGGCUCUAUGACGAUCUUCUUCUCCAUGGGUACUAUACUACGAGACUAUGGAUCGGGACUCCUCCGCAGAGGUUUGCCCUUAUUGUUGAUACGGGGAGUACUGUGACGUACGUUCCGUGCUCUUCUUGCGAACACUGUGGCAGGCACCAGGAUCCGAAAUUCCAGCCAGACUUGUCAAGCACCUAUCAACCUGUCAAAUGCUCAUCAAGUUGCAACUGUGAUGAUAGCAGGAUGCGGUGUGUUUAUGAGAGACAAUAUGCUGAAAUGAGCACUAGCAGUGGCGUCCUUGGUGAGGAUGUCAUCGCUUUUGGAAACCAGAGUGACCUUACCCCCCAACGUGCUGUUUUUGGCUGUGAAAAUGCUGAGACUGGUGAUCUUUAUAGUCAGCAUGCUGAUGGCAUCAUUGGUUUGGGCCGUGGAGAUCUCAGUAUCGUUGAUCAACUGGUUGAGAAAAAUGUAAUCGGUGAUUCUUUCUCAUUAUGUUAUGGUGGAAUGGAUCUUGGUGGGGGUGCAAUGGUUCUUGGUGGCAUAUCUCCCCCAUCAGGCAUGGUUUUUGCAUAUUCUGAUCCCGGGCGCAGUCCAUAUUACAAUAUCAAUUUGAAGGAGAUACAUGUUGCUGGAAAGCGACUACCUCUAAAACCAUCAGUUUUUGAUGGAAAGCAUGGGACUGUCUUGGAUAGUGGUACAACUUAUGCAUACCUACCAGAAGCAGCAUUUCAUGCAUUCAAAAAUGCUAUUAAGAAAGAACUACACUCCUUGAAGCAAAUCAAUGGCCCUGAUCCCAAUUACCAUGAUAUAUGUUUUUCUGGUGCUGGAAACGCUGUCUCUGAACUCUCCAAAAGCUUUCCCACAGUGGACAUGGUAUUUGGAAAUGGUGCCAAACUGUCCCUGUCGCCUGAAAAUUACCUGUUCCGGCAUUCAAAGGUGCGAGGAGCAUACUGUCUUGGGAUUUUUCAGAACGGGAAGGAUCCAACUACUCUUUUGGGAGGUAUCAUUGUCCGUAACAUUCUCGUAACAUAUGAUCGUGAGCAUACAAAAGUUGGUUUCUGGAGAACUAAUUGUUCUGAGUUGUGGGAAAGAUUGCAAAUAUCUGGUGCCCCGCCACCAAUGCCCCCAAAUUCAGAAGGAACAAAUAUAACUGAAGCAUCAGAACCUCCAGUUGCUGCUCCAUCAACAUCACAACAUGACUCACAUCCAGGUGGGCUCCAAAUUACACGAGUGACAUUUGUUAUUUCAUUUAACAUUAGCUACUCGGAUAUGAUGCCUCAUAUUACAGAACUGGCUGAACUCAUAGCCCAUGACUUGGAUGUUAAUACUUCACAGGUUCACUUGAUGAAUUUGACUUCUAUUGGUAACGGUUCCCUCUGUAGCUGGGCUAUAAUGCCAGGCGCAUCUGCUGAUUACAUUUCUAACACAACUGCAAUGAGUAUAAUUGCUCGGCUUACUAAACACCACUUGCAACUCCCCAGCACCUUUGGAAGCUAUAAAUUGGUUGAUUGGAAUGCUGAGGCUCCACCAAAACGGACUUGGUGGCAGCAAUAUUAUAUGGUGCUGGCUUUGGCUGCUAUGCUUUCAUUGCUUCUUGGAUUAUUAGCUUCUGCAAUGUUCUUGAUUUGGAAAAGCAGACAGCAAACCUUGCACUCAUACAAGCCUGUUGAUGAGGCCGUUCCGGAGCAGGAACUCCAGCCAUUGUGAGCUAUAUUUAUGUUCUUGGUGUUUUGCCUGGAUAGUGUCAUUCUCACAUUCAACUUCUCAAACAAGGACAGCUUAUGGAGCCAUCGCCAUUCAUCAGAUCAAAGAUUUUUCUGAGAAACCGCAGUUCCCAGGAUUUCUAGUAGCCAUCAUCAAAGCCUAUUAUUGGUACAGAAAGAAUCUUCUGAUAUAGUGUCAUCAGUGAAGACGAUCUUGUUUGUGAAUAUUGUAAUAUACAGGAUUUCUUUUUGUUUUAAUUUGCAUUUAUAUUGAGCUGUUGCUUUCUUAGC